CGCCCCGGCCUCCCCGGGGACCUGGCCGGCCGCUGCCCGCACUUCCUGCCGCUGGUCUUUCAGGCGCGAGCCGCCGCUUGCAGCAGAGAACCCGUUGAGCUUCGUGCCCGGCAGCACCCCCGGUCCCCCGCGCGGGGCGGACUUGCGGCGGGACAGGUGUAGCCGGCAGCCGCAGGCGCUGCCCUCAGGACUGGGCGGGCUCGGCUCGGCUCGGCUGGCCGGGUGUUAGCUCGCCGCGCGCGGAACUCCGGUCCCCGCCACGCAGGCCGGUCGGUGAGCCACUUCGCACCGCCACAGCCCUAGCAUCGGGCCACCAGCCGGGGUGAAGAAAGUCACGGCGGAGCCCGGCUCCCCAGUCCUGAUGUUGGCUGCCGGUGGCGGGCUCCACGCCGGCCCCGGGACCUAGGCAGCCGCGCGAGACCGCUGCGGGCGCCUCCCCCAUGCUGCUCGGAGCGUCCUGGCUGUGCGCAUCCAAGGCGGCCGCCGCUGCUGCGCAGAGCGAGGGCGACGAGGACAGGCCAGGCGAGCGACGGCGCCGUCGGGCGGCGGCCACCGCCGCGGGGGCGGGCGAGGACAUGGACGAGUCGUCGCUGCUGGACCUGCUGGAGUGCUCCGUGUGUCUGGAGCGCCUGGACACCACGGCCAAGGUGCUGCCAUGCCAACACACUUUCUGCCGCCGCUGCCUGGAGAGCAUCGUGUGCUCGCGCCACGAGCUGCGCUGCCCCGAGUGCCGCAUCCUGGUGGGCUGCGGCGUGGACGAACUGCCCGCCAACAUCUUGCUGGUGCGACUGCUGGACGGCAUCCGUCAGCGGCCCCGCGCGGGCACCAGCCCCGGCGGCAGCCCGCCCGCGCGUCCCAUCCCAGGCCAGAGUGCGGCCCCCACGCUCGCGGGCGGCGGGGGCGGCGCGGCAGGCAGCACCCCGGGUUCCCCGGUUUUCCUCUCCGCGGCCGCGGGCAGCACCGCCGGCAGUCUGCGGGAGCUGGCGACCAGCAGGACCGCGCCGGUGGCAAAGGUGAGUAUCUGUCUCGGCGGAAGUGGCCACGGCACGUGGGAGUGUGUGGGUGGGUGCUUGGGCGUGGGGGGCAAUAAUGAGGUGCGGAGGAGACCAAGGGUGGUCCUGCGUUGGCCCACUCCGCUGUUGCUCUUCCUCCAACUUCGCUUGCUUGGUGGCGGCAUCCGGCCCCAGGGCAGCUCGCCGCUUGUUCACGUGUGUCCCAUCCUCCUGUGGAGUGGGCACGCCUUCCUGUCCCGUCGCUCACCCCCGAUUCCUUGGCCGGACUUGUUACCCUGCCUCUUAAACUUAGCAUCGCCCUUGCAUCUCCCUAGAAACGGGGACCUUCUUCCUCUGGGUCCCCAGACACUCCCUCUGCACACCCUGGGCCUGCCUAGAGAAAAGUUAGCCCUUAACGUUUCUGACAGGGCUCUGAUGGCUGCUCUGGGAAGCCCGCGGGCCUCCUGCCUGCGGUGUGGCUAAGGAGGGGAGGGCAGAAGGCAGAGUGGGACUGGGGUUUGGGGGAAUGCUUCUUGUAGUCUGGAAGGAGUUACUCUGGAGGCCCCAGGAGCCUUUGGACCCGGCCCUUUUGGACUUGGCAGUGUCUAACCAGAAGCCAAAGUCUUCUCCUGGGCUCCCAGGCACGGUUCAUUCCCACGGGGGUCAUUUAUUUUUAUUAUUAUUAUUUUUGGUACAGCCGCAUUUUAGGGCCUUCGCUGCUUCUGUUUUAGACGAAAGAUCUUCUCUGGAUGGCUUCAAUGAUUUGGUUUUAAAAGCUUCUUACAGCUUGUUAUUACACACCCUUGCCACCUUGUGAACAGUUACCAGGAGAGAGGGCAUGGGAUGCUGGUUUAAAUGAGAAAAGAAAGGACCCGGGUUUUGUUAAUUUAUUUAAAUGGAGAAAAGCACUUAAAUGUUAAAAAAAAUACAUUGUCUAUCUAUUGGAAUAAUCAUUUGCUUUAGAAACACAACUUUAUUCCUCUACUUUUGACCAUUUAAGGAGUUGCUGAUGCCUAGUCCUUCCACUAUGUGUAAUCCUGAAAUGCUGGGAACAUUCUAGCACCUGGAUUAGGCAGUACUGCAAAUCUCUAAGGUUAAGGUUAGGAACUUAAACCCUUGGAUGUUGAGCUUGAGUUAAAUGCCAUACUUUGCUGCAAUGGGCUUUUUUUUCUAUGGAUCAGGAAGAAUGGGGACAGUCAAGGAUAGUCACUGGGGGUCACUUGGGGGGCACUGCUGAAGGGGAAUUUUUUUCUUUGGUUUUAAUUGUGAUUAAAUACAGCUAAAUGCUUGCGUUAGAAAUUUUCAAACUUUUCCUUCCUGGCCUUGCUGUUUUUGAUGUGAGGUAUUUAUAAUUAAAUAUCUUUAUUUGCAGAAUAAGUGGGUUACCUUCUUCUGUUCUGAUAAAUUAUAUGAUAUUCGGAGCCCCGCUUCUAGUAAAACUCUGGGACAUUCUGAUGACCAUCUGUUUACAGAUGUCCUCUCAGUUUAUCUUGGGGGACUUUGUGUUUGACCAGGAGGUUAGGAGGUAACCUCUGACAUGUGACAGGCUGAAGCUUUGAUGCCACUCCGGGAAUUCUGUGGCAUUUGUAGUACCUUUUAGAACUUGUCAAAGGGGUUGAAGCUUGGAACUUUUUAGUAGUGACAUUUAGUAUUAGCAGGAAAUUGAUGUUUUACUCACCAUAUGUUGAGACCCUUGGUUGACUUUCUUUAUGGGUGCAUAGUCAUGUUCAUGACUUUUUGUGUUUUUGGGAUGUUUCUGGACGUUGUUUAAUAGACGAGCACUUAUUUAACUAAUAAGCAGGAGUCCUGCAUGGUGUAUUCACACUACACUAGCACUAUACUACCAUACUGGGAUAAUAGCAUUAGGUCCAGCACAUACUUGGGGAGUGGGAAGGAUUGUAAUAGCAUAUCAGGCAUUGAGCAACCCUAUACAGUUGGUUGACAAAGAUUUCGGCUGAAAAUUACUUUUGGUACUUUACUGUCCAUUGGAAUUGCUUGACUCCUGCCAGGAAAGUUGAAUGCUGGAUGUUGUUGCAUGUUGUUUAAUAGAGGGGCACUUAUUUAACUAAUAUGCCAUGAUAGCAGGUAACCAUAAAUAUUACAGUCCCAUCAUUUUCCAAUUAGAAGCUCCUUACAUCUUCUUUUGGGCCAAUUAGGGUAUGUAUACUUUUUAGAUAUAUAGGUAAG